CUGUAAUUUUGGUUGACGUUUCUAUGUUGUCUAGGGAAUCACGGCGUAUUUUUGUGUCAAUUGCUGCAUUGCUGCAGCUAAAGGUUCUGGUUGUAGUUUCGACGUCUCUACAGCACAGCAAUACCGACAACACUCUCAACGAUGGACUGCCAGAAGAAAAUAUGACUACUAGUGAGAUGAUUGUAUACAAUGGAUACCCAGUAGAGAACCACUGGGUUACAACUGAAGACAAUUUCAUCCUUAACAUGCAGAGAAUUCCACAUGGUCACUCCUCUGAUUCUCAGACUGAAGCUUCUUCUCCUGUUUUCUUCUUACAGCAUGGAAUCAUUGCAUCUAGUGCAGACUGGGUCUCUAAUUCUCAAAAUGAAAGUUUGGCAUUUUUGUUGGCAGACCAGGGAUUUGAUGUUUGGCUGGGCAAUGUAAGAGGUAACACCUAUUCCAAAAACCACACAAAAUUAAAACCUAAUCAAGAAGCAUUCUGGGCUUGGAGCUGGGAUGAGAUGGCUCGAUAUGACCUUCCAGCAAUGCUAGGUUAUGUCAUGAACUAUACAGAGCAAUCUGAGAUCUUUUAUGCUGGUCACUCACAGGGGACGACAAUGGCAUUUGCUGGAUUUUCAAUCAACAAGGAGUUGUCCUCUCAUAUCAAAGCUUUCUUUGCAUUUGCACCUAUUACAACAGUUACCCACAUGAAAGGCUUAGUGCCUCUUCUUGCAGACAUAUCACCUGAAUUAAAAGAAUUGUUUAAAAUUCUUGGUGUCAAUGACUUUGCACCUAGUGGUCCUUUGACACACUACUUUGCACAGCAAAUAUGUGGAAGUAAGUUAGAAGUUACAUGUGGCAACAUUGUCUUUCUCAUUGCUGGGUUUGAUGAAGCAAAUCUAAACAAGAGUCGUAUUCCUGUCUACCUAAGCCAUACUCCUGCUGGAACUUCUGUUCGUGAUUUUGUUCACUUUGCUCAGGAAUACAAGAGUGGCAAAUUUCAAAAAUAUGACUUUGGAAGCUCUAAGGCUAACGCUGAUCAUUACAACGGAAUGACUACUCCUCCCAUGUAUAAUUUGACUGACUUUUACGUUCCUGUGUAUACAUAUGCUGGAAGUAAUGACUGGAUUGCUGAUCCAUCAGAUGUGUCUUCUCUGAUACCACAAUUGAAAACUUUGAGAGGCAACAUGACCAUUGAAGGUUACAAUCACAUGGACUUCAUUUGGGGAACAGAUGCACGGAAGAAGGUAUAUGGAGACGUCAUACAACAUGCAAAGUCUCUAUUAUAGAAUUAGACAGUCUGACGGCAGCAUGUCUACUGUAUAAAACAGAUAACACUUGACAUCUCUUAUCUUUCAAUUUUUGCUGCCACUGCGCUUGAAUUUGAUGAAACAAUAAAGUUAUACAAACCUACAAACUUUUAGUUACGUUAUUAGAUAAAUGGUACAGUAGUCUCAAACUACAGUAACUUAAUUCACAGUCUUUAUAGAACAAAGUCAA